UAGGGAGAUCCAGGGAAGGAGCAGAAGCAGUUUUGAAAUAAGGAACAGCUCCAUAGAGAAGGCUCCUGAGUACAACCCGAAGGGGUCAGAGACAGCCCUGCAGCUGUGUAGGGGUCCGGUGCACCAGGCAAGGGCCCAGGCCUAGAGGCCGCCAGGUUUGUUGGGGGCCAGCAAGGAGGCCAGUGGGUUUGAGCAGAGGCAGGAAGGGUGAGGUAAGCUCUAGAGCUCAUCUGUCCUGGUGAAGACCAUGGCCUUUCCCCUGAGUGAGGAGGGAGGUGGUUGAGGGGAGUGGGGGGGCCUGACUUAACAGGUGUAAAGGAUCGUUCUGGUGCCUGUGUUCAGAAGGGACAGUAGGAGCAGGGAGCCCAGUUAGGUUGGGUCAGUAUCCGAAUGAGAGGUGACGGAGUUUAGACCAAGUGGGAACAAUAGUGUAGUAAGAAGCUGCUGUUUUCUAGGUAUGGCUGACAGGAUUUGCUGAUGGAUUGGAUGUGGAGUAUGAGGAUAAAAGAGGGAAGGAUGGCGCGAGGCCUUUGGCCUAAGCUAGUGGAGGGAUGGAGCUGCCCUUUAUGACAUGGGGAAGACUCGAGGAUGAGAGAGUUGGGGAGGCUGGUGGAGCAGCAGUCAAGAGUUCAGCUUUAGACGAGUCAGGUUUGAGAUGCCUGUUGAGGUGGUGUUACGUGAGACUGGAGUUGAGUAGAAAGGUCCCAACUCAAAAUAGAAAUUUAGGAAUCAUUAGCAAGUAGGUAGUGUUUCAGGCCUUGAGAUUAUAUGAGAUCUGGUCUAAAGAAGCGAGGACUGAGCGCUGGGAUUUUCUUUCCGUGUUCAGGGGUUGGAACCACAGAGGAGACUGAGAAGGAGCAGUCUUUGAUUCGACACAUCGGGAGAUGAGGACCACGAAAUGAAUGUUGUGCUUAGCAGUGUGCCGGUCGCGGGUGUUGAUGCAAGAGCACCCUGAGAAGAGUGGGAAGAAGAUCUGAUUAGUGUGGUUUGAAGAGAGAAUCUAGGGAAAGGGAUUGGAGUCAGCAAGUAUGGACAGCUUUUUAGAGGAGAUCCUUGCUGGCACAUUUCUGAAUAUUCUGGUGAACCUUGUUAAGAAUUCAGAGAAACUGUCACGUGACAAAGAAAGAUCCAAUCCUAAGGCUUACGCACAUUCCAUCCACUGCAUCCGAACAAUGUCCUACGUUUUUGUAAAUGAUUCUUCUCAGACUAAUGUACCCUUGCUACAGGCCUGUAUUGAUGGAGACUUUAACUACUCCAAGAGGCUUCUGGAAAGUGGCUUUGACCCAAAUAUUCGUGACAGCAGGGGCAGAACAGGCCUUCACCUCGCAGCAGCCCGAGGGAAUGUAGACAUCUGCCAGUUGUUACAUAAAUUUGGUGCUGAUCUCCUGGCCACUGAUUAUCAGGGAAACACGGCUCUUCAUCUCUGUGGCCAUGUGGAUACUAUUCAAUUCUUGGUUUCCAAUGGACUCAAAAUUGAUAUUUGCAACCAUCAAGGUGCUACACCCCUAGUUCUGGCAAAGCGCAGGGGAGUGAAUAAAGAUGUCAUCCGAUUGCUGGAAUCGUUGGAAGAACAGGAGGUAAAAGGAUUUAACAGAGGAACUCACUCAAAACUAGAGACCAUGCAGACAGCUGAGAGUGAAAGCGCCAUGGAAAGCCAUUCGCUCCUCAAUCCCAACCUGCAGCAGGGUGAGGGGGUCCUGUCCAGCUUCCGUACCACGUGGCAGGAGUUUGUAGAGGAUCUGGGCUUCUGGAGGGUGCUGCUCUUGAUCUUUGUCAUCGCUCUGCUGUCUCUUGGCAUCGCCUACUAUGUGAGUGGGGUGCUGCCUUUCGUGGAAAACCAGCCUGAACUGGUGCAUUAAAGAAGCUCACAGGAGAGGAGAAAGCUGCCAGUGUCCUGGCUUCCAGUGCUUGUUCAGGUUCUCAAAAUCUCUUAGUGCAAAGCAGCGAGGGCUAUACUUUUGUUUCUUUUUGCAUUUUUACACAUUGUAAUCCUUUUAGAAGAAUAACCUGUCUGUUUGAACUAACUACAUACUGUAGUCAAGGAUGCUGUCCUAAAGCUACCUCCAGCUCAGCCUGACUUCUUAGGAAAGGCUCUGCAUAGCCUUAUUUGAUAAAAAUGUGGCAUUGACUAACAAAUGAGAGAGAGAGGAUGAGACUAGGAAAUCCUUGCUACAGAAACCUUACCCUAACAUAAGACCAACUAGAGUGAAAUGUUUAAAGCUUGGGUUGGUAGUUUUGUUUUGUUUUUGUUUAUUUUUGCAAGAGCUGCUUUUCGCUAUUUACUUUCUCUGGGGAAUAGUAGGGUAGGGGGGAAAUGAAACCUUCAGCUUAAAACUUGAAAUGCUUUUUUCAGAUCUUGUAGCACGAAUCAGUAUUGUUCGGAUCUGUUUGGUUUAUUUUAAUAUUUUCAAGUCUAGUCACAAACCAAACAGAACUUGUGAAAAGGAGCUAUAUAUUCCUCAAAAAUGAUUGAUUUGAUCUUAUACUUAUUUGUUUUUAAGAUAAGUUUGAUUUUUUUGUGUGAGCUGCUUUGCUUGUUGUUAAUAUCUGUGAAAAAUGAACUUGAGAAUUUUCAAUCGAGAAACUUUUAAUUUCCCCCUAGUGUUUAUUUCAAAGAUAUCCUAUUCAUCAAAAAUACAGUUGGAAGACUUUUUCUACUCAGUAGUUAGCAGGAAUAAAUAUUUCUGAUGUUUAAUGUCACUGAUUAUGGUGAAAAAAUUCAGUUCUAUAAGCUAGCUGUGUUGUCAUGAUUAUAUCAUAGUUCAUAAUUUUUUCAUUUUAUGUGCAAUCCUCUUUAGAGGCCCUAUUAGAAUUGUCAUAACAAUCCCAUCCAUGUCAGUUGUUCUCUGAUGGAAAGAAUGGAUGGAGCAUUUCUGAGUUAACAGUGCUGAACAGUAUUGUACCAGGUGUCUUUAUGAAUGGUAAUAUUAUGUAAAUUGAAAUCUGGCCCCCAAACUAUAUUGCAGCUUUCUGCAGUGUGUUUGAAGGCCUCUUGUUAAUGAUUCUGCUAUGUUUAUAUCAUAUUAUUGGGUUAUUAAAAAAAGAUAUGAAGACAUGAUUCAUUAGGUGUAGUCAGAAAAUUGUGGUGAAAAAACUAAUGGUUUUAUUUUUUAGAACAUAGUCAUCUAAGCUACUGGUAAUUGAAUUGUUGCUAGAAUUAGAAAUUAUAAUUUAGACUAGAAUUGGUAUUUCUGUGAUUCUUUUUGCUUCUUAAUAUUUUCUCUUUUGCAUUUAUAUAUCUAGGAUUGAGGCAUUUUCUUUCAUGUGACUUUAUCCUGUCUUAAGGAGCUGUUCUGAAAUUCCUGAUUUACCUGACUGCCUCAGGGUCAGCUCAUAGCAUCUUCCUUUUAGAUUAGCUGCAAACAAAAUUAAUCAUACUUGGUGUAAAUACAGCAAAAAGCAGUGGACGUUAGAAUGGAGAACACUUCAGAUUAAAAGCUUUGGAAUUAGCUUUGUAUUUGUUUGUAACUCUAAACAGAUGUGCAAAAUUGGUUAACAUAUAUGUAAAUAUUGCAUUUUUAAAGAUUAAUGUUUCCUUUUAAGUGAUGAUUUCUUUGUAUUCUGUUCUCUGCAUUCUGUAUUCAAUAAUAUUACCAAUAAAUAUAUUUAUAAUCUCUUAAUCACAA